AUGCCGGCGUGCUUCGACGCGCUGUGGGAGUUUUGUGUGGCCGGACAGGGCAACGGCAAGCCGGAGGAUGUUUUCGACAAGAUUGGCCUUCGUCUGGUGGGCCCGUUUGAUGUGUUGGCGGGAAAGUUCAAAGAUGUGAAGAUUCACGAACCGGGCGAUUAUCUGCGCCAUUGGCGAUUCUACUUCGAUCCUCCCGAGUUCCAGACGGUUCUGGUGAAGAAGGGUAGCGGCCUGCACUACGGCUACUGGCGUGAUGAGCCCGACAACACCGAUGGACUGGUGGCGUGUAACGACGUCGGCAUGGGAUGCGGGUUUAAAAUCAUUGGCCAGAACGUGUUCGAUGCCGUCAUCCAUUUCAUGAACGAAAAUGCCACCGUUACUCCGUUCAAUAAAGCGCCAAUCGAUAACCUAAAAAAGCGCAUCGUAGAGUGGACGACCGCGAAAGGCAUUCCGUUGCAGGGUGGCGACAAAAUAAAGGCUCGCGACAAACUGGUCGUGUGCAAAACGUUUCACAAGGCCGGGUUAGUGGCACUGAUGAUGUUAUCGCGAUUAACUAGUUCCUAUCUGAUUUCCCCGUGGGUCUCACCCGCUAGCCUGUAA